AUGGAUGCCGAUGGACCGCAGGUCCCAGAUGACGAUGAUGAUCUUCAGGAACCAGAUGGAGCCCAUGGCCCGAAUGCGGCCGGAGCCUAUGGUCCCGCUGAGGAUCCAUGGGGUCAAUACCGUGCUGCUUCCUCUCCGCCACCGGGAUUCACUCCGAGUCAAGGCGAACGAGGAGGCCCCCGGGACGGCAUGACCGACGAGGAGAUGGCAUGGUUCGAAGUGUUUGUUCGGAAUCGAGAAGAACAACGUCGACGAGCCCGACGCCGGAUACAGGAAGAAGAAGACGACGAAGACGAUGGUCCGGCUCAAGCACGAGGCAAUGCAGGCCCCCCGCCAUCAUGGGAUGGCCAGACUCCCUUCAAGGACUACCUGAUACGAGCCCGACUGUGGUUGGCCACGACAAAGGUUCGACCUCGAGCCCGUGGACCGAUGCUCUUGAAGAACUUGUCAGGGUGCCCCUUCGAUGACCUGAAGUACCUGGCCCAAGACACGUCGUGGAUGGAGGAUCCCAAGAACGGCGAAAAGCUCCUGGAGAAGAUGGACACCAAGGAGCUUUAUGGAGAUGAUGCUCGCGAAGACAUGCUACAAAGCUUGCUUCUUCGCCAAAUGUGGGACAACGCCGUGAGGAAGCUUGACGAGCACAAGGUCAAGCUCCCACCGGACUACCUCGGCUUCCUCCUCACGAUGAGUCUUCAGCUCACCCAGGAAGAGGUCAAGCUCCUCCUGAACUACACACAGGGAAGCUUGACUGCCAAGGCGGUGAAGGAAUGGGUCCGGGUGCAUGAGACCGACCUCGACAUCAAAUCCGGCCUGAAGAAGACGAACGCGGUGAUGCACCUUGAUGGCAUGGAGGCCGGCGAGUACGGUGGCCAGGACGAAGACGGCGAGGUCGAUGAAGGCCUCGAGGUGCUCCUGAAUGCCAUGGACGAGCUCGAAGGCCACCAUACCGGCGACGAUGAGGGGAUCGACUUCGACGGCGAGGCUUUCGACGAGAUCGACACCAAGGAGAUCCUGGCGACCAUGAUCAAGGAUCACGCGAAGGGUGGCUUCCGCAGGACCUUCAAGGCCGUGGCUGACGCGAAGAAGGCCAAGCACUUGGCACGAGGCUAUGCUGCUGGACGCGAUGGAAAUGGAAGGUUCAGUCGUGGACCUGGUGAAGCUGUGAGGACCGGCGGCACCUACCGCAUCUCCAUCGAGCAGCUGAAGAAGCGGACGAAGUGUGCCAAGUGCGGCAAGGUGGGCCACUGGCAUCGUGAAUGUCCUGAGAAAUCAGGAAACCGCGAGAAGGAGAGCCACUUCCUCGACUGCGACGAGGCCCAUUUUGUGCACCAGCUCGACCUGAUCGCCUUUCGCAAGAUGCAGAAUGAGAAGAUGAACCAGGAGAAGGGCCCAACAGCGGUCUACUCGGGAGCUCCGGAGGCGAAGAUGGAUCGAGCAUAUAUGUGUGCAGGUGCCAGUUCCCCCUUUGAAGUUUGGUACCUGAACCAACAGACACCCCUAAUUGACGAAGAUUAUUGUGCCACCGUUGAUACUGGUUGUCAGAGAACAGCGAUUGGUAGUUCCACUUUACAGAAGAUCUUAGCCAAGCAACCAGGGGAACUUCAAGCCAGCUAUGUGAAUCAGGAGCACUUGUUUCGAUCAGUCAACGGUCUGUCCAAAACCGAGAAGGUGGCCUGUCUACCCACCAGCCUUGGUCAGCAUGGAUGCAUUCUUCGUCCAGCAGUGUUUGAGCAGGGUGUCAGUGCCAGGGCCCCAUUCCUUCUCUCACUUCCCUUUCUUCUACAUUGUCGGGCUACUCUAGUUCUUGAUCCAGAACAAGGUUUGAGAUUGCGGUUGCGAAGGUUUGGCUUUGAGGUCCCUAUGCACAUUGGUCCGACAGGAGCCCUCCGAGUACCGCUAGAUCAGUUUGACAAUCUCAUGAUAGGCAAGCUUAAGAAUGCCCUCAAGCAAAUAGGAGGCGAGCAGCUUCAAGCCAGUGACGUCGUGCAGCCAGCCGAACUUCAUGAAAUGGAAUCAUGUUCGAGCUCAAGUCCUGACCGCGCCAACGGUUUGACCUUUGGUCCCUCGGAGAUCGAGUACCACUGGCGAAGAUUCACCCUCCGGAUGCUUGUGGUCGUGGCGAGCUCCAUCCAGACCAACGUGAUGCGGUUUCUUGGUCUUCGAGGUCCGGAGAGCCACCUCAAGGACCAGGUGCUGAACAUGAUCCACACGGCGGCGACACCGGAGCUCGAGGGCAUUGCUGCGAUGGUGGAAGAGGCGAUCCGGACCAGAGACCACGAGCAGGUGGAAGAAUGGGACCUGGUGUCUCCGAGGGAGCCAGUCAGGGUUCCAGCUGGACCUCUGGCGGAUCGAGCCGUCACUCCGGACUACUACGAGGAGACCGAAGAGGGUGUGGACAUGUUCGACGACCCGAUCGUGAAGAUCUGCCACUGCAACAUCCCCGUGGUGGUCCUCCGAAUGCGGAAGGGGAAUCACAAUCACGACCGGCUGUUCUACCGCUGCCCGAAGUGGACGGCUCCAGCCAAGCGAUGUGCCUUCUUCCAAUGGCUACCGGACCACCUUCAAGAUCGUUGGAAGGCAGCUCGGGAUCUGUGGCAAGACCAGGAGUGCAAGCACCUGCAGAUUGUCGGGACGGGGAGCAACGCAUGGGUCAAGCAGACCAAGUGCCGCCAGUGCGGGAAGAUUCUGUCUCGCAGCAUCACGGAGGAGGGCAAGGCGUACUAUGCGAGGCGAGGCCUGGUUCCACCGACUCCGAAGACUCUGAGUCAAGCUGCCAGCAGCAAGAACCCGCCGACGCCAAAGCCAACGGCGGCUGCCAAGACACCGGGACGAAGCCCGGGAACACCGAUACCUGCGCUGAUCACGCAGGCGGCCAUGACACCCAAGGCAGCUGCGCUGGCCCCCACGUUCUCGGACCAGGACCUCCAGGACUAUCAAGACUUUCUCCGGUUCAAGGCCAUGCAGAAGCAGGCGGCCACUCAGCGACAGAUCGUGGCGACCCUUCGAAAGAGGGAAUUGCUCUGGCAGGAUGUAUCUCCCUGCCUUCUUCAUGGAGCCAACGAGAUCUCGAAGUUGGAGCAAAAGUACCACAUCGAGGGUUCCAAGGGUCUAGAUCAGUCCAAGGUGAAGCAGUAUAGCGAGCUGUUCAACCUUAGCAUCAAGGAAAUGAAUGAGGUCUUCGGUCGGGGUCGAGUUCACAAGACGGAUAGCGGUGUUCAGGUUCGGAAAGCCAUUGCAGCGGAACUUGUACUAGAUUCUACCAUGCUCCGUUCGAAAGCACAGCAGUCCGUCAUGAUGCAGAUCCGGCAUGAGCGACCUGGUUUGGUGAUGUUGAAGUUUGCCCGGCCGGUCAAGUCUCAGCAUGGCAGGUUAGAUGCUCUUCAGAAGAACAAGAUCCAUGAACUUAGAGAACAUCUUCAGCGACAAAGAGAAGAUCGAGAACUGUUUAGGUUCGCUGUUGUAGUUGCCAACACCUGCCACCAAAUGGGAAGCAGCUUCCUUCUGCCGCUGCUGCUGUGCGCCGGUGGUGCCUGGCGGCCAUGUGGUUUCCAGAAGUUGACGGCUGCGGACGACAUCUUCACCUACCAGGACAGUCGAGGAUGGCGAGGAAGUUUCGUGACGAACAACCCGGCCAUCUUCCAGGUCAAGAAUUCGAAUCAACGAAGUGCAUCCGAUGAUCCCGCGAGUCUUGGACAGGUCCUCGGCUCCUAUGCCAAGGGCGCUCACCUGGCCACCACCGACCUCCAGUACAUGAACCUGAACGACGCCGUGACCGAGGACCAGGUGAAGGACUACAACUACUUCGGGCCGGAGGAGAACAACGACUGGGCUAACUACGACGAGCAGGAGAAGAUCACGAUAGAGAAUGCCCAGGAGAUCCUCGCCGAGGAGGUCGAGACGAUUGAUGGGCCCGAACCCAAGGACUUCGGCAUCACCGACGACAUGAUCAACAAGGAGGGUGACUACGAGCUUCGACCCGGCGAAUGGGUCCAGGUCCGACAUCGGGCCGACCGACUGGCACGUCCCGGAGAAGAUGCAGCCUAUCCAAACUACCCAUGGAGAAGUUCGUGGACAAGGACAGGAAACGGCGUAUGGCGACAAGAGGAAGACGAAGUACGAUGGGAGGAGCUACAUCGACCUGAUCGAGACCUACCAGAAACGGCCGAGAUUCUGGUGACGAUCUUCAAGCAACGAAUUGACGCAAGGGCCGGGGCCCGAUUGAGGAGAUUCCCGGGGAUGCAGAAAAUCACACUGGAGAAAAUGGUCCGGCGAGCUCAUGAAGGGCUAGGCCAUCCCGAGCUGCAGAGAUUUCUCCGUAUUUUGCGACACAGUGGUGCUGAUCCAGAAGUGGUGGAGAUCGCCAAGAAGAUGAGAUGCUCCGUCUGUGAAGCUUACCGACUCCCCGAUCCAGCGAGAAGGUCAGCCCCUCCGAGAGAGGAGUUCUUUGUGAAUGACCUCGUCGGGGCGGACACGGUACACCUUCGUGAUCACAAGCGGAGGAACAUCCCGGCCCUCAACAUCAUAGACUGGCAUACGCACUUCCAGCUGGUGAUCCCCAUGGCGGCAGAGACGGCCCAGGAGGCCCGCAAGGCCUAUCGACAGUGGGUCAGGUUUUUCGGACCUCCUCGCAAAGUACUGGUGGAUCUUGGCCAAGAGUUCAAGGCAGAGUUCAAGCUGGCAUUAGAAAACGAUGGAUCGGAGGCCUUGCCAUCAUCACUUGAGACCCCGACUCAACGAGGCCUCACGGAACGGGCUGGAGGAGUCUUCAAGAAUAUCCUCUACAAGGCCAUGAUGGACCAUGAGUGUUCCACCAACGAGGAAUGGAGAGAGCUUGUCGACGUCACCUGCAUGAUGAAGAACCGCCUACUACUUCGAGCUGGGUAUUCGCCUAUUCAACGAGUCAUCGGCUACAAUCCUCGACUACCCGGCGGUCUUCUCAGCGGAGGACAGCAGGAUGAGGCGGUGGCCUCGAAGUUUGCUGUCGGAGACCGCGAUGUGGCACGAGCCAUCAAGAUGAGGAAGGCAGCGGCCAUGGCCUUCCACGAAGCCGACUGCGACCAGGCCCUAAGGGCUCUUGGAGGUCGACGGAAACAUCAUGAGUUCGAAGUAGGUCAAGCGGUCUACUUCUGGAGGCGGGGCUCAGGAAGCGUCAAGAACGAGAGGAACUCCUACUGGCAAGGACCGGGCCGAGUUCUGAUGACAUCGCUUCCUAAUGCUGUAUGGAUAGCAUUCAAUGGAGCUAUCGUGAAGGCCGCUCCUGAACGUGUUCGAGUGGCCACUGAAGAGGAGUCGUUGUCGGUUUCCGGCUGGAUGGAUGGCAUUACCCACGCCCGCCAGGCCUUCGAGAAGAAACCGAACCGCAACUUUCUGGACCUCACCAAGGACCUGGACCCGAUUGAGGAAGACGAGGCGGAGCCAGAGGAGAUUGAAGCUGGAGAACCACCUUUAAGGCGAGUCCGGCAAAAGACCUCUGACUAUGCCCGAUAUCAACCACCUCCAGCAAAUCAGGAGCUGGCGACGGAGGAAACCGAGCUCCCGACGAUGUCACGACCGCCAGGGAUACCUGAUGGUGAUCUACCAGGAGUCCCAGCACCUUCGGAAGCCCCAGAAAUACCUCUUGAAGAUCGAUCCGGACCCGCCAAACGAGACGGAACAGAGCUGGAUGAACCUCCACCAGGCAAGCGGUCAAGAUUGGAGUGGCUGGAGAUCUAUAACAUGACGCUUCAGGCCUUGGCGAAGCAGCGCCAGAAGAAGGAGGUGACGAUCAAGGACUUCGUAGGCCCCGACAUCAAGAAGCUCGAGCGGGCCAUGCUCAAGGAGAUCAACAACAACCUGACCACAGGGGCGUACGAGUUUCUGGACCGGAAACUAUCAAGGGAAAUCUUGGCUACCAAGCCGGAUAAGGUCAUGGAGUCCCGAUAUGUGUUGACCAAGAAGCCCCUGGAACCCAGUGAUGUUCCAGCAGCACUGGCAGAUGGUCUUCUACUUGAAGGUGAUUCAGAACUCGGACCUUGCAAGGCCAAAUGUCGACACGUGAUGAAGGGGUACUCCGAGGAAGCAGCGCUGGACGUGGAAAGCACUACACCUCAGGUAUCCAGAGACUCGGUGAUCUUUGUCACCCAGGUCUUGGCGAGCAUGGGCUGGGAUCCGGGCUUCCUGGACUUCACCCAAGCCUUCCACUCCGGAGAUCCGAUCAAAAGAGAGCUAUAUUGCAAACAGCCGAAGGAGGGCAUUCCGGGAGCCCAUCCGGAACAACUCAUUCGGCUCCUCAAGACGUGCUACGGUCUCACCGACGGCCCCUUUGCCUGGUACUCUCACCUGGCGAAGAGACUACAGGAGAAGUAUGGAUAUAAGCAGAGCAAGGCGGAUCCAUGCGUCUUUCUUCUACAUGCUGGCGGACGGCAUGGAAGCGGAAAUCUCAGAGGAAUCAUUGGUGUGGCAACCGAUGACCUACUUCAUGGCGGAGAUCAACAACACUGGGAGAACAUCGCGGACAUCGCCCGGGAGUAUAAGUUGGGCAAGAACCAGAAGGGGUGCGGUCGAUUCACCGGGAAGGAUGUACGUAAGGAAGAGGACGGCUCAAUCACGCUCAACCAGGCCUUCUACGUCGACACCAAGGUGAUUCAGAUUCCACUUACUAAGAAGCGGAAGCAGCAGAGAUAUGCCAAAUGCGAUGACAAGGAGAUCGAGCAACUCCGAAGUCAACUUGGAGCCCUUUCAUGGUUGGCAAAGGAAACCAGGUGCGAUCUUGCAGGCCGUGUUGCACUACUUCAGCAGGCCUUUCCAACCCCGAAGGUCAUGGAUCUGAUAGAGGGUAACAAGAUUGCCGCCGAAGCCAAGAAGUAUAAGCACCUCGGAAUCAAGGUCACGCCGAUCCCCUGGAAGGAGCUUCGAGUCUCAGUUGUGACUGAUGCAGCCUGGGGGAAUGCCAAGGAUCGGUGGAUUCGACAUCACUUGGAACCUCGACGAACCAGUUUUCAUCCGGGAGCGGCGGUCGGUGGCCCAGAUCUACAUGAGAUUAUCGCCCACCGCAGGACCGAGUACACUGUGGUUCACGACGAUGGCCAACGACAAGCUUGCACCGAACAAGAUAGCUGGUGCACCGCCAAUGGCAUCCGGGUACUAAGUGAUCAAAUGUGGACUGGCAAAAGCAUCUUCUACAAGGCCAUGAAGGAAGAGGAACAGGUGCCAGCGACCAAGAUCAACUCCAGUUUGCGCCAGCUCCAAAACCUCAGCAGCCAGGGAGGCCAGAUCGUGAUCUACCACAGCCAAGCCUUGGCCGAUUCGAGCGAAUCUGCCCCAGUCACCCUAGCUGCGUGGAAGAGCUUCCGGCUCAAACGGAAAACCGUCGACACCCUGGCCGCCGAAGGACAAGCCUUACAGUCAGGAAUUGGUUCAGUCCACUGGCAUCGGCUGAUGUUUCUAGAGACCUUCUACGGGAUGAUGGAUACAAAAAGCUGGCGAUCCGAAUCCGCCAAACUUCCCUUCAUCGCGGCCGUAGACUCCAAAAGUCUCUACGAUGCAGCCAACAAGUGUGCCAGCACGACCGCCUUCGUAAGUGACAAAAGAACUGCUAUAGAUUUGGCAGUCAUCAAGGCCGACCUCAUCGAGACUUCAGGCAAAAUCAGAUGGAUCGACACAAGAGCGAUGUUGGCCGAUCCACUGACCAAGCAACACCCAGGACAUUAUUUGCGGUAUGUCAUGGAAAAGGGAGAAUGGUCCAUUGUCGAAGAGGGUGUAGCAUUGCAACGGAAGGCUCUCGAACGAGAGAACAAAGUUCCGAACCCGAUCAUGUUUAUGAUGGUUUGGGAAAAGAGAUUGUGA